AUGCGCUUUGAUUGUUUGGAAUUCUCACUCAGUACAUUGAUUUGUUCUUUUGCAAUUUUUAAAGCAACUAAAUAUUCCCCCAACUUUAUGCUUAGACGAAUACUUACACGAGCAAUGUCAACAAAAGCUUCUCCAUAUAAGGCAAGAGUAACUGCAAUUGAACCCUUGCAACAAGGCAAAUGGAUCCAGACCAGGAAGAUAGAGUAUAAUGAUCCCAACGGAAAUCCCAAACAAUGGGAAAUGGCCGUGAGAACUACUAGAUCUGAUACAACUAACGUUGAUGCAGUUUCGAUAGUCUCUGUUCUUCACCAUGAAAACAAAGCCAAAGAAUUGGUAUUGGUGAAGCAAUUUCGUCCACCUUGUGAAAAAGUAUUGAUCGAAAUGCCUGCUGGAUUGGUGGAUCCUAAGGAGUCAAUAGAAACCACAGCUGUUAGAGAACUACUUGAAGAAACUGGCUACCAUGGUACAUUCCGCAAACAGUCACUGAUCAUGUUCAGUGAUCCGGGUCUAACCAAUGCGAACAUGGUUUUGGCUCAUGUUGAUGUUGAUUUGAAAGAUCCUAAAAAUCAAAACCCAAUACCACAAUUGGAAGAAAAUGAGUUUAUAGAAACAUUCACUUUACCAUUGGAUAACUUGUUGGAAGAAAUGGAGAAAAUCUGUGAAAAGGAAGGGUGCUCUGUCGAUGCAAGGUUGUACCACUUUGCCAAGGGUAUAGAAUUGGCAAAGGGUUUCGAAUUGUGA